AUGAGUAGUGACGAUCAUCAUCAUCAUCACCAUUCGCACAAACCCAAAGUUCUAGACAAAAUUUCCCAUAAAAUUGCCAAUCUCAAGGAAGAUAUUGUCGAAGCUGUUCGUGAUCGAACACAUUCAACAUCAUCCGACCGUCGAAGUUCAAUAUCGAGCGAUAAUCUUUCUGUUAACUUAAGUAGUGUAUCAUCUAUACUACAUGGCGAUGUACCACCGAUGAAUUCCGACACGGGAUCAAUGUUCAAAGGCUACGAUACAACAUCGUUAUCGUCAAUUCAUUCAUCAGUAUCCACGACUUCAACGUCGGCUAGUGCUGCACCUGUUCGUCAUGGUAUUGAUCAAUUAGCAAUAAAUAUGGGUUUCGGUGGAAGAAGAUCAAGUAUUGUGAAUUCUGCAAAUGUUUCAACAGGAUCAACGACUUCGUCAUUGGUGACUGAUACAUCAAAUCCUGUAUUUUUACCUACAUUAACACCUUCGAAUUCAGUUCAAACAUUUAAUUCAUCAGAUAAUAUUUCAUUAGAUCGAGAAAUUUUCAAUGAAACAAAAGAUGAAAUAAAAGAGCGUACAAUAACAAAAAUCGAUCCAGUAGAAAUGGUGGCCGAACCUGCUGUUGUUGCUGUUCCAAAGGAUCCUGUUCGACGAGCAGCUAUGCUCUUAGCUGGCCCAAAAUUCCAAUUGAAUUACAAGGAACUUCCUAAAGAGAAAUUACCAAUCAAUACUGAUAUGAUCUAUUCAGUUGCAAUCGUCGUUGGAUUAAUUUCGCUUAUCUUUGCAAUGUGGAAACCUGUAUCGUCGUAUUUCUCUGGAGCAAUCGUUGGUUGUUUAUUUGCGGGUGCAUUAUUUUAUAUAUUUGUCCGAACAUUUAUCAAUGCAAAAAUCGAGGAAAAUGGUAUUGAAGAAUGGGUGGAUUUUCCCGCUUUAGAAACGAUGUUAGCCAAAUGUGACAAAGAGGACAAGAACACGAAUAUUCAAGUCACAGGAGCAUCGAUUGCGUUUCAAAGUUAUGAUGCGGAUCGUGACGAUGAUUUUGCACGUUACCCAUGUGAUAUUCGUCUGGAUGGAUAUCGACUUAUCAUUCAACUUGCAAGUAAACCUUGGGGUGAAGAUAAAAAAGCAGAUAAAGAUAUGAAAUUUAUUGGAUAUAGAGAAUACUUAAUCAAAGGUGCGUCUUUACCAUUCGAAGAUCUUAUUUUUAUUUUUAUAAUUUGUUCAGAAGCACGAAUGAUUCUCGUCCCUGAAGCAACGUUAACACGUGCAAAAUAUUGGAUGAAUGACUAUCCAAUUGUUAUUCAAGAUUUACAAAUUCUCGACAAACAGAUUCAUAACAAACAGCUACUUGAAAAAUCAAAACUUGAUGCAAAUGAUUUCUUUACAAACACUGCAACGAUCCUUUCUAUCUGGUUCGAAACUGCUCCACAAAAAGAAGAAUGGUUUCAUAAACUUUCAUUAGUUUUACGAAAAGGAAAAGAAGAGAUCGAACGAACGAAUAUUCUCACUGGAGGAUCAAAUCCUUCUCUCUUAUCAUCAGUUUCUAGUUCAUCAUUAUAUCGUCGUCUAGCGCAAACUGAUUCGGAUACUGAACUUGUACCAGGUCCUGUAAUGGAAUCUGAUAUCGAAGCUGCAAUUACCGAAACUCAAGCCAAUGCAGAAGAAUUGCAACAAAAAGCUAAAAUCAUCGAACCCGAGAAUGACGAAGUUGAUGCCAGUGGAACACAUCGAACAGCAGCAAGAAAAUCGAGGAGAACAACUCCAAACAAUGCUUGUUUACAAAAAGUUCUUCAAUCACCAGAAUGUUUAGACGAAGCUGCAAUAACAAUCAAUUUUCUUACUCGUCGCUUACUUUGCGAUAUGUUUGAUAUUCCUGUUUUUAAAGAUUUGAUCAAAACAAAAGUCGAAAUGAAACUAAAAGAAGUCGCUGUAAAAAUUCUCAAAAAUCUUCGUGUUACAUCGAUUGAUAUCGGAAAUACAUUUCCCGUUAUUUUAAAAAUCGAACCCAUGCAAUGGAAUACUCAAGGAAUCUGGUUUAAUCUAUUUGUUUAUUAUCGUGGAAAUUUCAAAUUAUCGGUACGAACAAAUGUUUUACUUCAGAAAUUGACCAAUUACGAUCCAAAGAAACAUAAACCAAUCUUUGCUCAACAUCAUUCAGCACAACUUGUUCAUAAAGAUGAUGAACGAAUUGAUGAAAAUGAUUUAGUUCAACGACAAAAGCUUUUAGCUAAAGAGCCCGAAAUUCCCGAAAUGGCAGUAACACGAAAAGUCGGUUUAGCAUUGACCAAUUUGGCGUUAAACAAAUACUUUCAAAUGUUUGCAAAUAUUCCAUUCGUUAAAAAUUUAUUUGAGAAAUUCUCGGAAAAAGAAGUCGGAGCUGAUGUUGAAGUGACCGGCUUCAGUGGAAUACUCACCUUAAACAUUCCUCCACCACCAAGUGAUCGAAUUUGGGUGGGAUUUCCAGAAAUGCCGGAUAUUAGUAUUAAAGUCGUACCUGUCUACGGUGAAAAUCAAUAUGCAUAUACAUUACUUCAAGAUUUCUUAUCUGCAAAAGUUCGAGCGGAAUUGAAGAGACUUGUGGUCCUACCAGCAAUGGAUGAUCAACUUCUUCCGUUCUUUCGUGAUUGGGCCAUUGAUAUCAUUGGUCAAAUUGUAUCUAAACCAAUCAAUCCAUCAACAGAUAAUUACAAAGAAAAAUUGAAUGCUCAAACAUCAGUUCGAGCUGGAUUAGAAGAAUAUAAUAAUAUGAAAGAGACGAAACCUUCAACAUCUACAUUAUCAGCUUUCGAGUCAACUCAACUUUAA